CUUAAACAAAAAAAAAACAAUAACAACAAUGAUGGAUAUUCUUUCUCCUUCGUUUAGUAAUGGACAUAAAUAUAUGGGAAAAGCCAAUGUAACAACUGCCACAACACCUGCAGAAGGUAUUGCGCCUCCUUCUCCUCGUCUUUCUAUGGAUGAAAACACGUUAACCAUGAUGAUGGAAGAAAAAUUACAAGAAGACAAAAAAAUCAAAGCUACUUUACAAGAACCAAUGACAAAACCUAUGAUUGAUACUUCUAUGAUGGUCACUUCUCCUUCUAGUACUAAAAUUAGCAAAAACUUUCCUUAUCAAUCUCCUACUGUCUACUUUGCUCAUGAUCCUGCUGGUUACUUGAAUAUAAAGACAUAUUCAUUGAUCUAUUGGGAAAAUCCUGCUCAAAGUGCUGGUGUAUUAUGCUUUAUCCUUGGUGGUACUUGGAUGACGCGCUAUUACUCUUUACUCUACUUGUCAUCAGCAUUAUUUACCAUAGUAGCAUCUUUAAAUUGGAUUUAUGUCAAUAUUCACUAUCACAGUUAUCGUGUACUUAGUGGCAAACCUGCAGAUACCAUUCUUCACCCGCAUAGUGAUCGAUUUGUGAUUGAAAAGAAACGAACUUGGUUCACCGAAGAUCAAGUAGAACACGCUUGCAAUGUAGUGAUGAAUCUUUUUGAAGGAUUAUUGAGUCAAUUGGUUGACUUGGUAUUGAUUGAAGAUAGCUAUCGAUCAGGACGGGCAGUGAUGAUUUCUUUUUUAGUGUGGACAUUGGCCAGCAUGUUCUCUAUCAAAUCCAUGGUGAUGAUAGUUACUCUGAUAUCUUUUAUCGUGCCUAGACUCUACUUGGAACAUCAAGAAAAGGUAGAUAGAUGGAUUCAAGUACAACAAGAAAAAGGUCAAAUUUGGUUGCAACAACAUCAAACUCAAUGUCAAACUUGGUUGGAACAGUAUCAUAUUGUUGGUCAACGUAUCCUUUCGACAUCAGUCGUUUGUUAUCAUCGAUUGGUUCAAUUUGGUUUUUUUAUUUAUCAAAAGCAACAACAAUGGGCGAAACAACAAAAAUUGGCAAAAGCAAGCGCGGGAAAAGGAAAAGCCACAGAUAUGACAACAACCACAUUAUUGGACAGUGAUGCCGAUCUUACUCGUACGACAAACUAAGAAGAAUAAAAAAAAGGAGGGAAAAAUGCAACAACAACAACAAUUGAAUUAUUAUAUUAUUAUUAUUUUUUAGUGUGGAAGGGUGAUUUGAUUGAUUUGUGAUAGGAUGAUGACAUACUUUUCCUUUCCCUCUUUAGUUAGUCAAUUCAUCUAUGAUAUCUUCUUAUUUGAUUUGUUUUAUU